GACAGGGACGCAAGGGACAGACAACAGGAAAACACAGGGGACAGAGGAAGAGGCGCACAAUGAGAGAAGAAAACCAUUCCAGCUCAUGUUUGUAGUGCACUAAAUGAACAACUGUGAGAACUUCUUCACGUUGAAGAAGUUUCAGCUGCACGCCAAGGGAACAGAAAUUUCAGUCAGUAUUAGCUGUUUGUUUCCAAAAAAAAAAAAAAAAAAACUUCAUAGGAUCUAGUUCUCUAGAUGGGACAGUAAGAACACCAAGUUGUCGUUCGGUUUCUUUAGGCUUUGCAGACACAAGGACGUCUCUUGAAACGCUGUUGGAGGAGUUUUCGACAUGAGCUCGGACAACUCCACUGUGCUCGGGAGUGUGCUCUGGGGCCAUCCCGUCUGCGAUGGCUGGAGCAACAACACAGAGGGAGCCAUCUACCAUUUGGGCAACACCAUUCUGUUCUUGGGCUACAUGGGAGGCAGCGGGGCGUACGGAUGCUUGUUCAUCUUCGGCUUCCUGGCUCCCUCCUUCCUGUGCCUGAGCCUGUGGGGCUGGAUGACCGUGUGCGGCCUGGACGUCUUCACCUGGAACCUGCUCCUGCUGCUGCUCUGCCUGGCCCAGAUCUGCCACCUCUUGUAUCGGCUGCGCCAGGAGGGCCUGCCCAGCGAGGAGCUGACCACCCUCUACCAGGCGGUCUACCUUCCCCUCGGGGUGCCCAUCCAAGUGUUCAAGGAGAUUGCAGGCGCCUUUGAGAACAGGGUGGUGGAGCUGAGGGCGGGGGAGACGUACGCGGUGGAGGGCAAGACGCCCAUUGAUCAGCUCUCCUUUCUGCUGUCUGGGAGGAUCAAUGUGUCUUUGGAGGGCCAGUUCCUGCACUACAUCCACCGCCAUCAGUUCAUGGACUCUCCAGAGUGGGAGUCUCUCAGGCCAAAUGAGGAGGGAAAGUUCCAGGUGACCCUGACGGCAGAGGAGGACUCACGUUACAUCUCAUGGCGCCGCCGCCGCCUCUACAUGCUGCUGUCGAAGGAGCGUUACAUCGCCCGCCUCUUCUCUGUCAUGCUGGGCUUCGACAUCGCCGAGAAACUCUACGCCCUCAAUGACAAGCUCUACAUCAAGAGCGGGGUGCACUUGGACAUCCGCCUGCCCAGCCUCUACCACGUGCUGGCCCCUUCGUCCCAGGGCAGUGAGGGUGGUAGUGGCAGUGGUAGUGGCCAUGCUAAGGAGCAGGAUGUCCCAGGAGAGCAAGAAAAUCAGCAGCGGGGGUCAUCAGGUGAGGACCGGAAGUCAGAGCCUGCCCAGCCUCAGUCUCUCCCACCCUACCAGCAGGGACCAAGGAAGAUGCCCCCGGCUGAGACCCGGGCACCCGAGCAUGACCCCUAUCAGCACCGCUGGGAUGCAGAGCCACCCGCUGGUGAGGACUCUACCAGCCUGGUCCUGGAGGACUUUACUGAUGUGGCGGGCUCCUUAAUGGAUUAUGGGAGUGAGAGGGAUUAUUUGAGGUAGAGGGGCAUGGUGCUGGAGCUAACACACUGGGUCACCACUUAAGCUACAUGAGGUGACACUGAUGGAAAUCUACCACCUCGAUUCCAGAGGGGCAGAGCUCCGCUGGCUCCGACAGACACCCCCAAGCUGUGAGAAUGGUCUCUCCUGGAAAUACAUACCAGACGCACUUCUUUGGUUUGGAAUUCAUCUACAGCUGGUCCCCUUCAUUUACAGCCCCACUUUGGCACGUCCUCCACCGCAAUCCUCCCCGUUCACCGCGGACACACAGAGUUAAGCUCACACAGUCAGACUUAAGGAACGGGUGCAUGUGCAGUUGUAGAUUUCCAUCAGUGUCAAGUCCUCUGAACAAUGUCGAUUACUUUGUUCUCUCUUUUUAUUACAGUUUGACCAAUGUGGGUUUUUGAAGGCUGACUACUUUAGAUGCAAAUUAUGGUAUUUUUUUGUGCCAAUAUUCAACAUGUUUAAAUCUGACUAGUUUUAUGUUUAAAAAUUACAAGGACCCGGUAAUCCAAAUUUUUAUUCCUUUCAGAGUGGAAAAACCUCUGAAACAGCUUUUAGACCAUUGCAGGACACAAAAACUGCCUGAGGUGACAUUAUACAAAAGGCUUUUUAGUCUGUUUGUAUGAAGCUGCUGUCAGAGGGGAAUCUGACUGUGUGAUAGGAGAUAAUGUUCAUUUUUAAAGGGGGAUCCUGAGUUACUGAAACAUUUGUAUUUUGUUUUUUAUCACACCCAUAUUUGAUAUUGGAACAUUAAUUGUACUGUUUGGAAUCGAUUUCACAUGAUGUUUAUUUCACCUUUCUCUAUUCAAAAACUUGGCACUAGGAUGAUAUGACAGUCUAUUUGCCUGUAUCACUCCACAGCAUCAACACGUCACAUUAUACAAACUGAUAAUGAGUGUACAGCUACAUAAAACGGGGCUGAGGACUGUUACUCACUACUCAAUCCUCACAACCUGUAAAAUAUUAAUUUUCCGUGUUUUUGCAGACUUUCCAGAGUUGGCACAAGCCUGCAAGUUGGCAGCAUAGCUUUCCUCCAUUCACUUUCAUGUUUUGUAUGGGCAUGUGUAUUUUGUUUGCGUAUGUGAAUUCAUCACAGUUUGCCAUAGUUGAGGGUAAGAAACUUUUGCCACCUGCUAGGAAAUUAGCUUAAUGUCAUGCUGUGUUUCAGAGCAUGAUCCUAAUUCAGCAGGUGCACCAUCUCUCACUUCUGAAUUGUCUAUAUACUCGGUAUACUUGUGCACAAAUUUUUUUUUAACUAAAUGAGCAGUUAAUAUACACCUGUAUACUGUGAAUUGUGUGCUUAGGUUUUGUUAAUUUCCAAAAAAGGGACUACAAUGUAGAAAACAAUGUAUUUAAACAUGUAUUUUCAUGGG